UUUUUUAUUUAAACUUGACCCACCUCCAGUGACAGUGAGUUGUUGAAAGUUUGGAGAAGUCAAAGCUGCACAUCUGAAAAUGAUGGCUUCGAGUUUCAGGGACUGCAAGGCAUGGAGCGCAGGUGGUCUUCCGUUGUCCACCAGCAGUAAUGAGGCUUGCAAACUGUAUGACGCCAUACUUACUCAGUUUGUGAAAUGGCGGAAUGAUGAAACCUUGGGGGGAUUUGAAGGAUGCAUUUCUGCUCUCCAGGAAGCUGACCCUAACUUUGUUAUGGGCCAUGUGAUCAGCACGGGGCUGGAGCUGGUGUCAACGACGAGCUCCACCCGUCUGAAUGAGCGUCUCGCCAGUGCCGUGAGGCGAACAGUGGAGCUGGCCAACAGCCAGGAUAUCUCUCCCAGAGAGAAACUGCAUGUCAAGGCUGUGGAGCUCUUUUCACGUGGACAUUUCCCCAAGGCCUGCGAUGUAUGGGAAGACAUUCUGGUUGAUCACCCCACCGAUAUGCUGGCUCUCAAGUUUGCUCAUGAUGCUUACUUCUACAUGGGAGCCCAAGCCCAGAUGAGGGACUCUGUGGCCAGGGUGCUGCCCCACUGGAAACCACAUAUGCCUUUGUUCAGCUAUCUGAAAGGACUGUAUUCCUUUGGUCUCCUGGAGACCCGCCUCUACGACCAGGCUGAGAAAGUCGCCAUGGAGGGUCUCGCUCUGACUCCAGAUGACGCUUGGGCUGUCCAUUCUGUAGCCCAUGUUUAUGAGAUGAAGGCAGAGGUGGACAAAGGCUUGAAGUUCAUGGAAAGUAGAGAGAAAGAUUGGCAGAUAUCAGACGUGCUGGCCAGUCAUAAUUAUUGGCAUUGGGCUCUAUACUUCAUCGAGAAGGGGCAAUACGAAGCUGCUCUGCAAAUAUACGAUUCUCAGGUGUUCAGACGUUGCAAAGCCACAGGAUCCAUGUUGGACACUGUAGAUGCCUGUUCAAUGCUCUGCAGACUGGAAAUGGAGGGUGUGUGCGUGAAGGACCGUUGGCGAGAGCUGCUCCAGGUUACGCAGCCUCACACCGAUGAUCACGUGACCUUGUUUAACGACAUGCACUUCCUCAUGGCAUCGCUGGGAGCUAAAGAGAGCGGGACGUCUCAGCGUCUGCUGGAGGGCCUCCAGGAAUUAGCUAAAGAGCCAGGGGACAAUCAGCAACAUCAGCUGGCAGGGACUAUAGGUGUUCCAAUGUGUCAGGCCAUUAUGGAGUACGACCAGGGCAACUACAAUCGAACUGUGGAGCUACUGUACCCUUUACGCUACCGCGUGGUAGAUAUAGGGGGCAGUGAUGCACAGAGGGAUAUCUUCAACCAACUGCUCAUUCAUGCAGCCAUGAAAUCGGAGAAUAAGCACCAUCAGAAACUAGGAAGAUGUCUUCUGGUGGAGCGCGAUGCCAUGAGGCCAAGCUCCCCUCUGACUGAGCGGCUGAUACAGAGAGCCUUGGCUCUUCACAACUAGACUGUAUUGCAAGGUGCGCGGAGCGGUUCCCAUGCAAGAAACAUCAAACAACACUGUAAUCUGAUAUGCCAGUGGUUAGCUUUAGGAGACUCCUUUACCAACUGGUAGAAACCUGGCACUGGCCAAGACAUCUGAAGCUCUUUAUACGACUCUCUUUUCAAUGUAGAGCUCAGUGCCCUUUUAGAUUUGGGACCUUUUUAAGCUUUGUAAGUGAACACAUUUGCAUAUUUCACAAGAUUAUGAGCCAAUAUAAAAAAAAAAAACAUGUUGCCAAUUUGCAUGAUUAAAAGCCUUAAAUUACAUACUUAAUGUAAGAUGAUAAUUUUAGCUAACAUAACUGACAUCCCUAAUCAAUAUAGAGCAACGUAACUUUCUUCUUUUGAAUUUUAUUAGCAAUGUUAUGCUUGUAGGCAACAGCACAAAAAGAAUGUGAAAUGAACUCCAAUGUCGCAGUGAUACAGUAGCAGUAAAAAAGAUGUCCUUGCACAUAUAGUAUAUAUAGUUCUUUUCUUCCCUCCUCUUCCCCUUCGUCGGCCUGCUCUCACAACACCGAGAUAAUCUCAUCUUGGAUCUGAGAGAUCAGGAUCUGGGACAGCACGAUGCCUGCAAUCUAGAGGACAGUAGCAGCCACUUUAGAUUACAGAACAGACUCUCUGUAACUGUACAGCCUGCGCCGAGCAUCUCAAGGUCCCUCGUGGACAUUUGGCACAGGGAGGAAACAUGGAAGAAAUGAGAAUUGGUUUGGAUUGUGUCUUUAUGACUGUAUACCCACAUUAACGAGAUUUUAACACUUUAUAUGCACUUCAGCAAGAUUUUCUCACAGCGAGAACACACAUUCAGUGGCAAACGCAGCUUUUAAUAGAGCUUUUCAAUAAUUACGUUUGAUUUAAAAUGUGGCUUGUUGUGUAGACAAAUCUAGUAAUAGUUUUUAGUUAGGAUGUGAAAGGAAAAAAAAAAAAAACCCCGUAAUCGUCGGAUUUCCUGCACAUCAAGGCGAACUGGAAUACUACUGCAAUCGUUUUGACAGGACUCAUGGGUAAUUCACAUUCUUCCCUCUUAGCAGGAUCUUUGGGGACCCAAUCAGCCGGCUAUGAGAGCGAGAGAGAUCAGGCUCAAGAUCCAGUGGCAAAGCCGCAUGCUGUGGUAGAAAAUGCAAUGCGACAGUAGCUAGUUAUUACGAGGCAGCUUUUGAUAAGUGCUAAUUAGAUUUCAUGGCAAAUCUAACAUGUUGACUUGACUUAUUAAUAGUACCUAAUUCUCUAGGAUUUGAGGAGCAGUGUGCAGUGGUGCUCAGUUAGUAGGAAGGAAUCGUCAGUAUGCUUCUUUCUCAGGCGCGUAAUCUUACAUUACCACACGCAGACUUCUACCCCAGUCGCACAUUAACCUGAGCUUUUCGGUCUAGAAAAGUGUAAUAAAUGAAUAAUGUGCAGUUAAAAAUUAAUUGUCCCAUUGUGCCUAGUUAUUGCUGUCUAGGUAUAACCCUCCAUUUUAAAUAAAAAUCUGUUCUAUCCCAAUGGCCUCACAUUAA